AUGCUGAGCAAAAUGGGCAGAACAGAGAAGGACUUGAUCCCAACACGCUUAACCGUCACCAACUUUGCAGGGGCAUCACCAAAACUCAUGGGAUCCUAUAUGUGGAUGGACUGGAUUCACCAGAGUUCGUGUGUUCCCUCCACUCUUCACCAGCAAUUAGCUCUGUUGAAUGAAAAAGGUUACAUGGAGAUAGUAGAGGUCGAUCCAAGGCCAUUUCUGCCUUUUGCCAUGUGUUUUGAGGCAGGGUAUUACCAUGAUGACCUCGGUCCUUUCACUUUCCUUGGAGUCAACCAGAACGGCCGUCCCCAUGGUGUCAAAACCCAGAAGCUCAUUGAAGAUGGUCUAGCUAGUUCCUUAGAAGACUGGAAUAGGCCUUUUGUUCUAAACCUCCAGAACUUUGAUGUUUAG